CUGUACUGGUCUGUUGACUUUUGACUUCUUCUUCUCCACUUCUUCGGUUAUCAGCACAAUGAGCGAAAACCCAUACUACGCGGGCAGAGAAGGCGGCGGGUUUAUGCAGGGCGGCUCGCCUUACGGCGGCGGCUCGCAGCAGAGCCCCGGCGGCGAGGGACGCAAGCGCAACAACCAGUCGCUCCGGCCCGUCACGGUGCAGCAGAUCCUCAACGCCAGCCAAUCUGCGCAGGAAGCAGACUUCCAGAUCGAUGGUGCUGACAUCGGGCCGAUUCAAUUCGUUGGCACAGUGCACAAUAUGUCCUCCACGGCAACAAACCUAUCCUACGAAAUUGGAGACGGGUACGGCUACAUCGACGUGCGUCAGUGGCUGGACAGUUCGGACGACGAGUCGGGGAAAACGGAAGGCAUUGAGCAAGACAAGUUUGUGAGCGUCAUUGGCACGAUCAAGGUCUUCGGUGGCAAGCGUCACAUCUCGGCGCAGAUGAUCCGACCCAUCGAGGACCACAACGAGGUUUACAACCACUUCCUCAAGGCGCUGCAAGUCAGCCUCUCCAUCCGAAACCCAGGUGCAGCCCAAGGUCGAGGUGGUGCUGCCCCGGCUGGCGCCGACGCCAACAGCUACGCUGCGCCCGCGGCGGGUGGCGGCGACAGUUACGGCCACCUUCCCCCGCAGCAGAAGCAGAUCAUGGACAUCGUCGCGGCCGAUUCCAGUGGCGAGGGUAUGCAUGUGACGCACAUUGGGCGCAUGUGCGGCGGCAUGACCCGCGAGGAGGUGAUGGAGGCGAUCGAGCACCUCAUGGGCGAGGGCUUGCUCUACUCGACAAUUGAUGACCUUCACGUCGCGGCGGCGACGUAACAUGGGGCGGCCAGUGUGUUAUAGAAGCUGUAAAGAAGCGAGUGUACGCUGUAGACGUAGCUGUGAGCCAUGAGUCAAGCGAAGAUGGUGGAGGUCGCAUGUUGCCGG